CUGCUCAGCGGCGUCUCCCUUCGCUCCCAAGCCCAGCUGAAGCUUUCUAGAUGAUCCCAAGACAGGGUUGGCCUGCCCAGGGACGGAGUCUGGCCCCUGCAGAGGAGCUGCCUCGGCCAAGACACCAGGGAGACCGGGCUGGAAGUUUAAUUUCUGACGAUCUCAAGAACAAAGACAGUGACUUUGGUGCCAAAGCUUCAAGAUUGUGGCUUGCUGGGGCUAUAUCCUCCAAGAAGACCUGCCCCCGCAAAGGGCCGCCUUCUGCCGCUGACCCCCAUCAAAUCCCAUCAUGCCCACAGCCCUGUGCCCACGAGUCUUGGCUCCAAAGGAAAGUGAGGAGGCCAGGAAAAUGCGGAGUCCUCCUGGAGAGAACCCCAGCCCUCAGGGUGAGCCUCCCAGCCCAGAGUCCUCUCGCCGCCUCUUCCGCCGGUUCUGCUACCAAGAGGCGGCAGGCCCAUGGGAGGCCCUGGAGCGCCUCUGGGAACUGUGCCGGGGCUGGCUGCGGCUCGAAAGGCACACGAAGGAGCAGAUCCUGGAGCUACUGGUGCUGGAGCAGUUCCUGGCCAUCCUGCCAUGGGAGAUCCAGAGUUGGGUGCGUGCCCAGGAGCCGGAGAGUGGAGAGCAGGCUGUGGCUGCAGUAGAGGCCCUGGAACGGGAGCCAGAGAGACCCUGGCAGUGGCUCAAGCACUGUGAAGACCCGGUCGUGAUUGACGAUGGCGAUGUGCCUGGGCCUCAGGACCUUGAGCAAGAGCGAGUGUCAGCGGAAUCCCAGAGCAACCCUGACGCUCAGCCUGUGGCCCUUGCACAGGGCCUAGGGCUCCUCAGCAGACUACCAGGCCAGCCAACUGAGGCAGUUCCGCAAGAUGGUUUCCUUGUUCAGGAGCAAAGUGUCAGGGACGCCCAGCCGGUGACCACCUGCCAGCUGCCCCCGAACUGAGUUUCUCCAUUUAAGGAUAUGAUCUUAUGCUUCUCAGAAGAGGACUGGUCUCUUCUGGACCGAGCGCAGACUGGUUUCUACGGAGAAUUCAUCAUUGGGGAAGACUACGGGGUCUCCAUGCCUCCAAACGACCCUGCAGCUCAGCCAGACCUCUCACCUGAAGAGAACGGGCCACGGGUCAUAGAGAUGCCAGCCCUCCAGGGUAAAGACGCGCCCCAGCUGUCCUGCCUAGACUUUCCCAGUCUCCAGCCAUUCCAAGAAGAAGGAAGGAAAUGGGAGGAACUGCAGGUGCCAGAGCUCCAGUCCUGCCAGCAGGUGGCGCUCACUCAGAGUCCUUGUCCAGGAAGUGAUCCACCACCCCUAAAGAAUAGCCUGGACCAGGAGGUGACCAUUGAGAUCAUGCUAUCCAGUUCUGGGGAUGAGGACUCCCAACACAGCCCAUAGUGCACAGAGGAGCUGAGGAGCCCUGCAGAAAAGCCCCAUAGUCUCUCGACCCACCGCAACAGCACGGAGGUUGGAGGCGAGGUGCAAACCUCACAAAAGUCUUAUGUGUGUCCGAACUGUGGGAAGAUCUUCCGCUGGAGGGUCAACUUUAUCCGCCACCUGCACAGCCACAGGGAGCAGAAGCCACACAAAUGCUCAGUGUGUGGAGAUUUAUUCAGUGACAGCGAGGACCUGGAUGGACACCUGGAGAACCAUGAGGCCCAGAAGCCCUACAGGUGCACUGUCUGCGGAAAGAGCUUCCGCCUCAACUCACACCUGCUCUCCCACCGACGGAUCCACUUGCAUCCAGACAAACAGCCACCAGUGAAGAAGAGCGAGGAGGAUGCCUUGGAAACGGAGGGCACAGGUACCCAAGCCCUGCUGGAGAAGAGCAAGGCUAAGCUGGCCUUCCAGUGUGGGAACUGUGGGAAGGGCUUCCAGCGACACGACUAUCUGGUGAGACACCGUAGCCACUGUCACCUGAAGAGUGAGGCUCGUCCCCUUCAAUGUCGGUACUGUGUCAAAACUUUCCGGCAGAAUUAUGAUCUCCUCCGCCAUGAGCGCCUGCACAUGAAGCUCCGCUCCAAGCAGGCUCUGAACUCAUACUGA